CACUCCCAAUGGCUCACGUCUCCAGCUUCAAGCUUCAAGCAUCCUGUUUAUUGAGAAAAAAACAAACCUAGUGGUAAUGUGGCAUGAUUUCACCCUCAGACUUAACGGACUGCCUGCUGACACGCUGCUGGCCUCCCUGAGCGUCGGAGGGCAGCAGCAGCAGCAGCUCUGCACUCCUGUGCGCGCUCCACGACAGUUGUCCAGGAGACGCCAGAGCGCACGCGCCUGCUGCAGAUGCAACUUGGGGAGGCUGCUGAGAGUUUGGAGUAAAACUCACGUCCACACGGGACAGACACAUGCGAACCAGCAGGACGGACCAGACAUGGACACCAUGAAGUUAUUGGCGCUGCCUCUUCUCUUCGCUUUGAUGCACAGUCCGGUCUCCGUGUCGGUGACGGUGAGCAGCAGUAAACCCAAAGUGGAGGUCCACGAGCACACAGAUGCUGUGCUCGCCUGUGAGUUCCGGACAGAGAAAGAUCCGAACCCUCGAAUCGAGUGGAAGAAGAAAGGAAAGGGCGUGACAUUUGUGUACUUUAAUCACAAGUUCACUGGCUCCUACGCAGGACGGGCGGAGAUGGAAGGAGCGACGCUGACAAUACACUCUGUUACCCAGAAAGACUCUGGGGAGUACCGCUGUGAGGUGACUGCUGGCGAGGACCACGUCAACCUCGGGGAAGCCAUCGUGACCCUCGAUGUGCUCGUGCCUCCUCACGUCCCGUCCUGUGAGGUGCCGAGCUCUGUGUUUGUGGGCUCGGGCCUGGAGCUUCUCUGUAAGGACAAACUCAGCGUGCCGCCCGCCACCUACCGCUGGUACAAAGACAACAAGGCCCUGACGGCCACCGCAGAUUCUCCGUACAGCGUUGACACUAACAAGGGCACGCUGAAGUUUAAGAGCGUGUCCAAGACAGACGCAGGGAUGUACCGCUGUGAGUCUUCCAACAGCGCCGGGGCGCCCAAGAGCUGUGUGUCCCAACAACUGAAAGUCAUUGAAUAUCCUUGGAACAUGACGUAUUUGAUCACAGGUGCUGCAGGCAUUCUGGCGCUCGUCCUUUUCUGUUGCAUCUGCGUGUGUGUGUGCCGACACCGAGGCUGCUGCAGGAAAGACAAGAAGACAAAAAGUGCCAUGUCCUACAACCCUCCUCCCCCCCCUCCCAUCCGCAAUAUCAAGCAUUACAAACAAACUCACUCCUUCAUGAUCUGAUCACGUUGACGUUGACAAACCACCCGCAGACGCUUGGACGGCUCACUGCUUUCUGGGACGGACAGAUCUUCAGACAUUAAGCUAAAACUGAGUUAAACAGAUUUUAAAAAAAACGCGAUGCUUUCUAAGCUCUGGCUUUUAUGGGUUAAUAGUUUGAAAGGCAGUCAAUACUACAAACUCACAGGUCUGUAAAUAUGGGUUUAACUCAGCUCUUUCAAAUGUUAUCACAGGUUUUCUUAGAUUGUCUUUCCAGUUGAUCUGAGGUUUGCAGUAUCACAUGUUUUAGCUCUCUUACGCCACCUAUAUACAAGUGUUAUUUGUACAAGACACAUACUGAGCUACUGUAUAGAUUUUAUCCUUUUUAUUGCCCUUUGUUUAUUUUUAGAUACAGAAAUGUUGGUUUAUACUAGAAGUUAUUAUUUUUCUCUAUGUCACUUUUGCUAUAUGCUUGUUGUGUUGAUCUCAUAAAUCUUCGGUUGUAUAAAUUUGAAUGGGUAUUGAGCAACAGAUGAACGGGUGUCUGCACACACUGAACGAUGCUUUGGAAGAAUUGUAGAUACUCUUUUAUAUAUGUCUUGUUCAAUAAAGAAAGAUGAAAGCUA